CGUUAAAACUUUUUAAGACAUAUUGGUUUGACAAUCGUCCACCGUCUUUCCCUUCAGCUUUUUCCUCUGUUCUCCAAUGGCGUACGAUUUCAGAAACAAUUCCGGCCACUACGAUUCUCAUCCGAUGUACGCCUCAACCGCUUCUUCUACCCCAUCUCCUUCUCCCCAUCCCAUGUAUUCACAGUCAAUGUACCCCAGAAUCGGUCAACAAGCUCCUUCAUCAACCCCUCCGGUGGCCCGUCUCUCAUCCCAUCAUCAUUCUUCUUCUCCAUCCUCAUCGCCUUCUUCUUCGUCAGGUUUGGGCAUCAGGGUUACCAUUAAACCGGAAUAUCGAAUUACUCCUCCGCCUCAAUUAUCUCCACAAGUUGGAGAUAUUCCUCGGAGCAAUUUCCAUUUUGAUUUUGAGUUUGAGAAAAAGGUUUUAGCUGAAGCAGAGAAAGAAGCUCCAAAUUGGAAUCGGUUUGGGUUGGAACAACUUCCUCCUAAACCAGUGGAGUCCACAUCUUCAAUGGGUUCAAUUGGAGAUCCAACUGUGAGCAAGUAUGUUGCAUCUGGCUUGAAUCGGGAAGCUGUUUCAUUUGCAGUUGCUAACUAUGGAGACAACCCAACCAAGGUUCAAGAAUUUGUAAAAGGCUACACACUCCUACGAGAAAUGGGAUUUUCUUCUAUCAAGGUGGUCGAGGCAUUACUCAUGUAUGACAAUGACACCGAUAAGGCUGUAGCUCAUUUUCUGGGUGAUCUUUGAAGCAGCUUUCAAACAUGGUAUAGGCGAUAAAUUCAGCUUAGAAGAAUUGCACAUAAGCAAAAGGAGAAUAUAUGUAUAUAUAUAUAUACACACUUUUUGUUUGUUAGAUGGCUUGGUUGAUGAGCAAUCAAGAAAAUUUAAUAUAAGCUUGGAAGGAAAGAAAUUCGAAGUGUCGAACAGAAUAGAAGUGGCUAGUCUUUUAUUUUCCGCCCAAGUGAAGAAAGGGAUUUGAUUGUUAUCUACAUGUCCAAAGGAGCCAAGAAUUGUCUUACUAAGCUCAAGAGGACGAAGAGAAUGAAAAUUAUGAAGUAUGUGAUUGGUUUCUUGGAGGUGUCCAAAAUACGUCAAUACUUCAAUUUUCUAUUUGAUUGAUGUCCAAAAUAAAUGCAAAACUACUGAAAUCUCUUCUUGAUUUGAAUA